AUGGGACGUGAUCCAUUAGGUAUGGGACGUGAUCCGUUAGGUAUGGGACGUGAUCUGUUAGAUAUGGCAAGUGAUCCGUUAGGUAUGGCAAGUGAUCCGUUAGGUAUGGGACGUGAUCCGUUAGGUAUGGGACGUGAUCCGUUAGAUAUGGCAAGUGAUCCGUUAGGUAUGGGACGUGAUCCGUUAUAUAUGGGACGUGAUCCGUUAGGUAUGGCAAGUGAUCCGUUAGGUAUGGGACGCGAUCCGUUAGGUAUUGGACGUGAUCCGUUAGGUAUGGGACGUGAUCCAUUAGGUAUGGGACGCGAUCCGUUAGGUAUAGGACGUGAUCCGUUAGGUAUGGGACGUGAUCCGUUAGGUAUAGGACGUGAUCCGUUAGAUAUGGGACGUGAACCGUUAGAUAUGGGACGUGAUCCGUUAGAUAUGGGACGUGAUCCGUAA